AUGGCGCCAGCUUCCGACGCGCACGAUCCCACAUCGAAUAGGGAGGUGAAGAAUGCGAGGCCCAAGCAGAUCCUGCCCAAGACGCACGAUGCUGCAGCGCAGACGCAUGGCACUCUUUACCACAGCAGCCAUCUCUGGGAAGCCCUGCAGACCCGACAGCCGUCGCCCAAACAACAUCUCCAACACAUAGCUGACUCUCCGCGACUCUCUAAGCUUUCGCGCACGAGUCCUGCCGCUGGCACUCGUAAAAGAAGUUACUGCACACCACCAUCCUCGUCCAACACCGCCGCAAACAACGCCUCUACCACUGGUCCUGCGCUGCAUGAUGCCGUCCGCCCGCAAUUGUCUGAGCGCGACAGCAUAUUUGCUACCCACUACACCGCGGAUCCCGUGACCACGCUCAACAUCCCCAAAAGAGCAGGCGCAAAGGCAGAGGGCAAGAGCAGACUGCACCACGACGGCAGCGACGAUCACGGCGACAACGAGAUGGCGGCGUCGCCGUUGCGCAGGACGACUAUGGAUCAUCCACCUGCCCACUACCACGAUGCCCACAGCCUGCCGGACUCUAUGACAUUGCUGUUCCACAACAACAACAACAACAACAACAACAACAACAACAACCACAACCACAACCACAACCACAACAACAACAACAACCACAACCACCACCAGCAACAUCGUCCCAGGCCCGACAGGACGAGCCAGUACCAACGGCGCUCCCUAUACGACCUCAACGACAUCAGCUCGCUUAUACAAACCCUACCGCACCCCGACGCCCAGUACCCCGAUUCUCCCUUGCAGCAGGACCCCCAGCCAGCGACACCAAGCCCUGGCGUCCAGGUCGUCGACUAUGCGCCGCAAGGUCUACGUGAAAGUGUGGAGAGGCAGUCGUACCGGUCAUGGAGGAAGGGUCAAGCUAAAAUGGAAGGGAAGUCGAUAGCAGAGUCGCAACGAUCUGCCAAUCGCAAGGGCAGUACAGAGGAAGACUUUGGCGUGGACAAGAUUAUUGAUGCACAAUUGCCGCAACCAGAGCCCUCAAUGACCGACAAGAGGUCUCGAAAGGCCAGUCACUAUCUCGGCCUGUUCAGGGAGAAUGAUGCAGAGGAGAAGAAGGAGCAUGAAAAGAAGAAGUCGGGGAGGAGCAAUACUGUCACGAAGAGCCAGCUUGCAAAGGAUAUACAAUCAUACACCCCCAGCGUUGCAGAGGAUAUCGAAGCCACCGAAGAUGGAGAUGAAGUCACCGUGUCGAGAGAGCACAUGUCGCAACAUCUACCAUUGGGACUUCUGGAAGAGAUCCGCAAUCACCAACAACUACAGCCAAUACCCGCCAACAAGAUCUCCUUACCAAAGAAUGUGACCGCCGACACUGAACGACGUCUGCACAAGGAGCUGCGACAAGCUGUCAAGUCUGAUGAAGAAGAAGACUCUGAUCAAGAACACAUUUCAUCAGCCACUUACUACCCUCAUCAAGGAGUCACUGUGGCUGACUCGCCAACUGGUGACAAUGCCGUCGAGCGCAAAGCAAAGGAGCAAGCCGAUGAACAGGCGAUACUGGCGGAGCUGGAGUCGAACGAUGUACAGGUCUCCUUGCAAUCAGAAGGUAAUCGGGACUUCCUUCAGGGCGCCACUCGUGUCCAGCCAACGACAGAGUUCAUGUCACUUCCACAGCCUGCCAUCACCGACGACUCCCGGGCAUCUGAUUCGGAGUACGAAUCAGAUGCUUAUGGGUAUGACUCCACCGCUUCUGGUGAAGACGAGGACGAUGAGGCGGAGACGACACCUACGGCCACUCCGAAGAUCAAGGCUAUAGACCGUCCCUCUGAGCGAAGACACUCACACCAAGCACCUGCUCCAGUCGGUGCUGUCGAGCUCAAGCCGUACAAGCAUCAAGUCGGAGGUCACUCGGCUGUCUAUCGCUUCUCACGGCGGGCUGUAUGCAAGCAGCUCAAUAGCAAGGAAAACAUGUUCUACGAGACUGUAGAAAAGCAUCACCCCGAUCUGCUUGGUUUCAUGCCUAGAUACAUUGGCGUGCUCAACGUGACAUAUCGUAAGGACAAACGUAGCAAGCCAGCUUCUGACGAGUCUAAGGCGCCUGGCGAGCCCGCUGUAUCCACAGAUAUGAGCAGGCAGGGAAGUGAACAGCCGUCCAAGACCGAUUCUGCAGACACCGGGCGCAUGAUCAGCAAGUCCAUGAAGACAGGUGGAAGCGUUCCCCAAGUCAUCUUCGAGAAUAACAGACAUCUGAUUCCAGAUAGCUUGUUCCGUAGAUCUCCACGCUCCUCGACACCUGACCUGCACCGAACAAAGUCAUCGCCACCCAAGAGCGGAACCCAAUCUGACGACGAGACGUCGAACGGCGGAGCUCACCGGCCGUCUUUGAAACCAGCGUCUAGCUGGGGUUUCACAUCCGUCAACGAGGGCCUUCGUGAUCACGUGCUGCGUGAGGUGUUUGCACCGCCUGUCAUCCACAAGCAUGAUAGGAAGGAUCGAUCUCAUCACUCGCGACGCCUUCGCAAGAUACCAACAUAUGUACAGAGUGAGCUUAGCAGCUCGCACCGCCAGAAUUCCGUGGAUGUGUCUACCCUCAAGGAUCUUCAUAGGACUGGCCGAAACAAGUCUGUCAGUGGCUUGCACAUGAGUCGGCUUGAGCACAUCAAAAGCGAGGCCGAUGAUGGCACUUCUUCUGAUAUUGAGCAGCGUCUGCGUGAGAGCCAGGCAAAUCUUAGUAGGAGUGCUGAAGCUUCAAAAGCAAAUUCUGCGUUGAAUGUGCCGCCGACUCGGCCGCAUCGCCGUCGAAGACAUUCUGGCGGUGGUCUCCAGCGAAAGCCAACCGAUAUCGAAGGCAGUAGAGGAGAUCUCGAAUUCCACGAACAUGAAGACGAAGCUUACACUGCAGACGCAGAAGAUGUCUUCUCGAUGGAUGAUGUCAAGAAGGAGCUCUCCCAGUGUAACAAGACGCAAAUUGGGCUUGAUGCAAUUGCGCGUGGAGAGCAGCUUCCGACGUCUGAUGCACACCCAGCGAACAAGCUUGCACCACGACUUGACCCUGCAAUCGACUUCGAUGGACCUGAGCCGCGCAACCCUGAGACAUCACUGGUGUUGCAGAACGAGCGCACAGAGAAGUUUCUACUGCUCGAAGACUUGACGGCAUCAAUGCAGAAGCCAUGCGUGCUGGAUCUGAAAAUGGGCACCCGACAAUACGGCGUGGAGGCAAACGAGAAGAAACAAGCCUCACAACGCAUGAAGUGCAAGACUACAACGUCGAGCAAGCUCGGCGUACGUGUGUGCGGUAUGCAAGUGUACAAUGUCCGAGAGCAAAAGUACAACUUCGAAGAUAAGUACACUGGCCGUGAUCUCACUGCCGGUGAAGCGUUCAAAGACGCGCUGCAGCGAUUCUUCUUCGACGGCAUCGGUCACGCUCAAGCACUCAAGCACAUCCCCACCGUUCUGGAGAAACUCAACGAGCUCGAAAAGAUCAUCCGCGACCUCCCAGGCUACCGCCUUUACGCCAGCAGCCUCCUCAUGAUCUACGACCGCGGCGAAGCCGACGAACAAGGUAAAGUCGAGCAGAAGAUGGACGAAGACGGCAAACCUGCACAGUACCCCGGUGUGAAGCUGAAGAUCGUCGACUUUGCCAACUGCGUUACUGCGGAAGACAUGGAGCGCAUUGUAGAGCGCAAACCUUGCCCGCCAUCACAUCCUGAUCAGGUGGACAAUGGGUAUCUGAGAGGUCUCAGGACGUUGAGGAUGUACUUCCAGAAGAUCUUUAAAGACUUGCACCAGCAGAAGUAUGUGGAAAGAGGUGAAGGGGAGGGGAUGGCGGUGGAUGAGAGGGGGGUUAGUAGUGGCACUACGCAUAAGGGGUGGAGGGAUGAUGCGAAUGAUGCUGGGGAGGUUAGUUCUUAG